AUGGUCGAAUCGACAGCUCCAGCGCCUGUGACGGUUCAAGAUGAAAAGGAGCGAGCACUCGCUGCCUACAAGAAGAAACUGAACGACCACCGUGAUAUCGAACAACGUCUGAAGGAGUUGAGGAAAAAAGAACAAGAAAUGCAGAAGCAGCACGACAAAUCGGAGAACGACAUCAAAUCUCUGCAAUCUGUUGGGCAGAUUGUUGGCGAAGUACUUAAACAGCUGACGGAGGAGAAAUUUAUUGUAAAGGCCACUAAUGGACCUCGAUAUGUUGUUGGAUGUCGUCGAUCAAUCAAUAAAGCAGCGCUCAAACAAGGAACUCGUGUCGCUCUUGAUAUGACAACUCUUACAAUCAUGCGCCAACUUCCCCGAGAAGUCGACCCUCUUGUUUACAAAAUGUCGCACGAAGAUCCCGGAAACAUCACUUAUGGAGACGUCGGAGGGUUGUCUGAGCAAAUUCGAGAGCUUCGAGAAGUGGUGGAGUUGCCUCUGCUUAACCCUGAACUCUUCCGUCGUGUCGGUAUCACACCGCCGAAAGGGUGUCUUUUAUAUGGACCGCCUGGAACUGGAAAAACUUUACUUGCACGAGCCGUUGCUUCACAACUUGAUUGCAAUUUUCUCAAAGUUGUCUCGUCAGCAAUUGUGGACAAAUACAUUGGAGAGUCAGCUCGCAUGAUUCGCGAGAUGUUCAACUAUGCUCGAGAUCAUCAGCCGUGUAUCGUUUUCAUGGAUGAGAUUGAUGCAAUUGGUGGUCGUCGUUUUUCGGAAGGAACCUCGGCUGAUCGUGAGAUUCAACGAACAUUGAUGGAGCUACUCAAUCAAUUGGAUGGCUUUGAUUCGCUGGGAAGUGUUAAGGUGAUUAUGGCCACAAAUCGCCCCGACACACUAGAUCCAGCCCUUUUGCGACCAGGGCGAUUGGAUAGAAAAAUUGAAAUUGGCUUGCCCAACGAACAGGCCCGCCUUGAGGUUUUGAAAAUUCAUGCCAACCCAAUCACCAAGCACGGCGAUAUCGAUUUUGAGGCUGUGGUGAAACUUUCUGAUGGAUUCAGUUGUGCCGAUUUACGUAAUGUCUGCACGGAAGCGGGUUUAUUUGCAAUCCGAGCCGAACGAGAGUACGUUAUUGAGGAGGAUUUCAUGAAAGCUGUUCGAAAGGUCUCUGAUGCCAAAAAGUUGGAGACGAAACUCGAUUACAAGCCGCUU